AUGACGUAUCAAUUGAACGAACAUGGUGAAUGUAUUCCGUGCAUCCGCGCGCAAAGCGCACUCUUUAUCGGGGAUACUGAAGCCCAAAGCGCGAGGCCCCGCUCUUCGGUCCCAGGGCCCCGCACACUCCGGCCCCUUCAAUCCCCUUGGGACCCCGCCCACCACACCGGGGCCCCGCCCACCGCCUCGCCCUCAACUCCCAUCAUUCGCGCAUGCAUGCCCCCACCCCCAUUCCAACCAUUGCGCAUGCGCGCUCCCGUUCCACUUUCACCACUCGCGCAUGCACGCCUAUACCCCAAGGAGAGCACUCCUCAACAUUCAGUACGACGAGUCAACUCAUCGAGAUCAGUCCAGUCCAGUCCAGUCAACAAGCAGAAUUUUGAAAUGCAAUCCAACACUCAGGAGGUGAACAACGCUGUGGCAUCGAUCAUGCUGGUGGUCAAUCAGGAGAAGGCAACAACUUCGAGUGGCAGUUGGCCGACCGCUCGUAAGAGCUCAAGACCCUCCACAUCAUCCGCAACAGCAGCAGCAGCACCUGUGGUAACACCGAGGGCGCCCGCAGCAGCAGUGACCGCAGCAGUGGAAACGGCAGGAGCACCAGUGGAAACACCGAGGGCGCCAGCAGCAGCAGUGGAAACACUGAAGGUGCCUUCUCCGGAGGACGUCGUAUUGACCCCGUUGGCGGUGCCGCUUUCACCACUGCCACCGACACCGGCGAAUCUACAGGUGCUGGUGCCACAAGUGCCAGUGCCACAGCCUAUCGGAGAGGUGAGUGAAAAGAUGAAAACUUUCCUACAGAGGUGCAGGGAAGCAGAACAUGCUUCUCGAGCUAGUGAGGCCGCGUUGGUUAGCAUGACCCGUCAAAAAGCUGAAAUUGCUAACCGACGGAGCGAACUAGAUAAAGGAAUGGCCGAACUAGAUCGGAAGUAUGCAUCUCUGGAGGAAAGAUAUAAAGCAGAGACCUCUUCGAUAGAACGUACAGCCUUCGCACAAUUUCUGCAACGCAUCUAUGAUCUUCCUGAUGAUUUCCCGGAACGUAUAGGAGAAGGUAUGCAAGAGGAAGUAGAUGCAGAGUUAGAGAUGGGUGUCGACGAGUUAGACGAUCUAGAGGAUAACGAGCUAGAUGAUUAUGCGGACGAUGCCAUUAGUAUAUCGUCUGAUUCAGAUGAUUCAGAAGACGACACCAUCAUUAUUGUUUCUGAUGAUGAGGAGCCUUAG